AUGGAUGAGAAUUCACCAUUAAUUCGACGUAGCAAGUCAGUAGCAUCUUACAAUCGAGAUUUGUCGGAUUCUUCUGAUAGACAACAGAAUACCUUUAGAUCGCCAAAAACUUAUUCAAUUACAAAGAAUCCCUCAAUACAUACUAAUUUAUUAUCCGUACCAAUCCAUUUCAAUAAUGUUUCUGAGGAAGAUGAGGCUUGGGUGAAAAGUCAUAAGGAUUUGAUUAAGAGGUCUGGAAAAGCACCUAGCAUUAGGCAGAGACUUGCAUAUAAAUAUGAUACGGGGAAAAAAGGGAGAAUUUGGGAAUUUUUUGAUGCUAUCUUGUCCAUAAUUUUUGUUGUAUCAUUUAUUUUUAGCACAUACUAUGUAAAUAAGAAUAAUAUUGAGUUUCCCGAUAUUCCCCGGAUUAUGGACUUUGGUUUGGCAUGCAUCAUUCUCAUCCAGUUUCUUCCUCGCGUUUGGUUGGCGAAAGAUUAUUUGCAAUAUUUAACAAGUUCUCUUGCAAUUACAACCUGGAUUACUGUGUUUCCUGUGAUCGCAGCCUUCAUAGCUCGAUUCUUUAUUGAGGACAUUGAGGACAUGAAUAUGACUUACAUGGGUGUUGACGGAUUUGUUAGUACUACGAUAUUAUUUACAAUCCUUGCUGUAGCUGCAUGGAUUCAUAUUAUAACAUUUCAUGAUGAGAUUUCUGAAGGAAUUGAUUUUUUUGAUGCAACUUGGUUCACUAAUUUGGACUACAUAAUAAUCACCGGAAGCUUUGAUUCAACGAGUUUAUAUGAAUUUUUACGUGAAUUCUUUUGUCAAGAUCAUGGAAUGUCAACCAUGAAUACCUUCGCUUUGAUUCUGAAUCCGGAUGAGCCUGAUGAUGAUACUGCAUUAUUAUUAGAAGAUCCUGCAUUUGUCAAUAGAGUUCAAUACAUUAAAGGAUCUUCUGCAUUUCGUAGAAGUCUUGAAAAAGUUAAAGCAGAUACUGCCAGCGCUGCAUUUUUAUUAUCACCAAAACGUUCAAGUAAUAGAGAUAAAGAUGAUGCUGCACAAAUAAUGCGGGCUUUGGCUUUGAAAAAAUAUAAUCGAAAACUGCCACUUUAUGUUCAAGUACUUUUACCAGAGAAUGUUCCUCAUUUUGGUGUGUUAGCAAAGAACAUUUUAUGUAUUGAUGAAAUUUCCAUGGGUUUAAUGGCGCAGAGUUUAGUCACACCUGGAUUUGCAUCUUUAAUUGUGCUUCUUACUAUAUCUAUUACGGAACAAAUUACACAUGAACUGAACAUCGAUGCAAACCAUACUGAAGGAGCAGAUAUUUGGGCAAAUGAAUAUAUUAAUGGUGCUCAACAUGAAAUAUAUGCUGCUACUCUUUCAAAAUAUUUUGUCGGAAAGACAUUCUUAGAAUGUUCGGAUAUCAUAUACACCCAACUAGAUGCUACUUUAUUUGCUAUUGGAGCCGUAAAGAGUCAAUUAGGCAUAUUCUUAGGUCAUUCUUACCCAUUUCAAAUAUUUCUAAAUCCUCAAGAUUAUGUAAUUAAAGGGGAUGAGAUCGUAUUUGUUAUAUCUGACAAUGCUGAAAUAACGGUACGAUUGGCUCAAUUUAAUAAAUCUGAUCACAAAAGUUGGACUCAAGACGCGGAGUCUUUUGUUAUGCAAUCAACGCAUGAAUUGGAUGAUGACGGACGUUACUCUUCUAAUGAUGCGAUUAAUACACCAAUAAACCAGUCUAAAACUGCAAGACCAAAAUCUUUAUAUUUAGAAGAAAGCAGAAUACAGAUGUCGUCACCAGUGGAAAAUACACAUGUUUUCUCAGCACCAAUGAUAACUUCAUUACGCACAGAAAUCUUAGAAUAUAAUGUUAAAAUGGCCAAGGCCAAUUGUGAUGAACUACUCCUUGAUCCAGAGAUUAAAAAUAUAGAAAACCAUGUGUUAAUUUGUGAUAACAGUGACGAAUUUCAUCUUAAUUUGGAUCUUUUUAUAAUGGUGCUUCGUGAAAAAAACUCAAAAUGUCGUAGUAUGCCAGUGGUUAUCCUUUCAUCUAGUCAACCAUCAGAAUCACAGAGACGGUCAUUAGAAAAAUUUAAGAAUGUAUAUUUUGUUCAUGGAUCACCUUUGAGACGGACAGAUCUUUUCCGAGCUAGAGUUCAUUUUGCGAAAAAAUGUGUGAUAUUGAAUAGUAUGACAAGUCAAUAUGAGGCAAACGAUGGAACAGCAGAUGCCACUUCACUCAUGACGGCAUUGAAUAUUGAAGCACUCGCACGAGAUGAUUGCUUUGUAUUGGUCGAGUGUGUACACAGAGAAACAUUUAAAAUGAUAGGAGAAAGUCAUUCGAUUAAGAAUAAUCAAGAAGAUUAUAUUCAAGCAUUAAUGCGACCAUCUUUUAUGAGCGGAAAUGUGUUUACGCCUGGCUACUUAGAUACCAUGCUUUGUCAAUGUUUUUAUAAUCGUCACAUUCCUGUGAUCUUGAAACGUUUAAUAUUCAGUCAUGAUACGAAUGAUGAAAGUUUUUCACCAAAGACUGGCAUGCGACAUGACGAUAAUAAUUAUUGGACUAAUCUUGGUCUUAACUCAGGUCAUGUGUUUCAAGCUGAAAUCCCUCCUUUGUAUAUAGGUCAAAAAUAUAAAGCAUUUUACAGACAUCUAGUCAAAACACAUAAAGCAAUACCACUUGGACUAUACCGAUAUGUUGUACAUAAUAAUCGUGGAAUUCGAUAUGUUUGCGUUAAUCCUGAUAAAAAUUGCAUUUUAAAGGAGAAUGAUCUAGUGUAUAUGAUAGCUUCAAAAUCACCAUGUUUUGAUAACAAUAUUAGUACCGUUAUUGAAGAGUGA